AUGGCGGGGUCCAGCCUGGUGACGGCUGAGCUCAAGCAGCAUCUGCAGGAGUUUGAAAAGGCUUUGCAAUGUGCCAUCUGUCUCGGGCUAUUAGAGGAUCCCUUGCGUACGGGCUGUCACCAUGAAUUCUGCCGCGGCUGUUUACACAGCAUGCUAGCCAGCAGUCGAUCCACACCGUGCCCGCUGUGUAAAACCCCUGUCACGAAGCGGUAUGCCCUGAUCAUCAGUUGCCUGCUUCUUAGCUUUUGUGUGCUCAAGUCCCUGAACGAAUGCCCAUCGCUGUCGCAAGUGAUUCAGCAGAGCAAACAUGUGAUUGUUGCUCUGAAUCACGAUCUCAAGCAACAAGGCCUUGACGAUGAGAUGGCCGACGUUUUUCCCGCCUCACAACUUCCGGGCAUGCAAAGCCAGGAUUCACCCUUGGCCGCGAAUCAAAACACGCCCAUCGCUCUGCAUACGACAUCCUCGGCUCAGGUGACACGGCCUAGUAUCCCGGUCGCAGAUCGCAAUAACACCAAAACCGCCAAGCGUCUACACGUUUUUGCAGACACCGUCGAGCCUGUGCCCGAACAAGCGCCGCCCGCCAAAAAUCAGAAGACAGCUUCACGUGCGUCGCGACAAGCCUCGACCGCCCGCACCGGAAAGUCACGAUCGAGGGGUAAUGCAGCCGCUGAUCCAGCUGGAACAAUGGCGACAAAGGCGCUUGCUACAACCAGUGCUCGUCAAACUAAAGCCCGUCAGCAGCGACGCAAGAAACGUGACACGGCACAGCUGUCGGAGGAAGAACAGAUUGCGCUUGCCAUUGAGCUCUCUCGCAAAAGCGCUCGCGCGGAGCGCAUUCAUCGUCGUGACUCAAGUCCCGAGGCGAGCGAUGUAGAGAUGGAGGAGGAUGUAACUUGCGGUCGUGCAGUGCCGCAGAGUGCGCAACACAACGCACAGUCGUGGUCGCCCAAGACUGUUCGACCCAGUCCAGAGACCGCAGCAGCACAGACAUCCCAAGACCCUCUUAUCAAGACGUCCCCAAAAGUCACACCAUCAAAGAACAAGGACGCUGAAACCGAAGACGAAGAUGAUGACGAGUGGGCGGGGGUGCGCCCAUCUCGUCAUCAAACCGGCGCCCAAGCCGGGCGACUGGGGCAGGAGAUUGCCAAUCUUGAAGUGCGCCUGGCCGACUCGGAUUCGGAUUCAGACUUUGAUUUACCCUCAAUAAAUCUCGAAAUCAACACUAGUCAGGCUCCGCCCGCCAACGCAAACCUUCCUUUGCCUUUGGUGACGGCGAAUACCGUCGCCAAGCCACCGUCGCAACCAACUUUGACAUCCCCAGCACGUGGCCCCGUGUCUGAUAAGGGACCAAUAGCAGACGUACUGGUCUCGAAAGACUCAUCCAGGUCAAGCACGGCUUCCCCCUUACCCAAGGCGUCCGCUUCGGGCUCAGACGACGAGAGCGUGCGCAGCCGCCCUCGAGGGCGAGCAUCACUUCUGGCCCGCAACGGAAGUGAGGCUCUGUUGUCACCGCGUGGGACACCACCCACCAUCAGUGAUUCGAGGCCGAGGACGCAUUCAUCCAGCAUUGAGCUGGCCCGCGCCUCACCCACGCCCUCUUUGGCACCCACGCCGCACGAGACAACUCUUGCCUCCGAGCCCAUGUCGUUCGGAUCAUUCACCGCGGCCCAGCGGAUCCCAUCCACCAUCGACAUGUCAGCGUCACAAAGCGGUACUUUGAUGCUGUUUCCCGAUCCGCCUGCACCUCGAAAGCAAGCAACCCUGGCCACGCCUGCCGCUGCUUCUCCAUCGGCGUCGUCUCGAGUUGCGCCUCCCGCUGCUCCCCCGCAACCAGAACCAGCUGCGGUGCAAAAGCCCACACAACCCGAAACGAUGGAAAGCUGGCACGAGUCAUCCACCCCACCCGAACCCAUCCUUCCACGUCCUGCGCAGCGUCGCGAAGCACCGAUGCUGGAUCAAAUCUCUGCAACCAUGGACGAGAGUCAGGCUUUAGAGCCACCCAGCACUGCAGGCGCCGUCAUGCCAGCUGCUGAGGAAGAAGCCGCCGAGCCACUGUUUCUGAGCGGCAUCGUGCUUUUAGCAUCUGGUAGUGGCACCGGGCAAAGCAACGGGCUGGACAUUGAGAGUCUUCUGACUCGUGCACGAGCAUGCGGCGCGCAAGUGUGCCAUGAAUUUGCGCCGAGUGUCACGCACGUGAUUGGGCCGGCGAAGGAGGAUGGCGUCGCGGCGCAGUACACCAUGAAACUCAUGCUAGGCCUGUUGCAUCAAAAGUGGUUGGUGAGCUGGGGCUGGCUGGACCGUUCUCUCGCUUCGGGCACUCGAGCAGACGAGGCGACAUAUGAGCUGCGACGAAUGAUGGCCGAGGUGGAGCGGGACGGUAUUCCGGCAGCGGCACGACUGGACCCCACCCACCAAGCUGGGCGCCUCUUUCGAGGCAUUUGCUUUGCAUUGAGUGACAAGGCGGUCGGGGAGGUGGGCGAAACCUGGCGGGACGAGGUCUUGGCCGUCAUCCGUGCUACCGGAGCGACCCUCAAGUCGGAACGCGAGGUCCUCGACAUUGCUCGCCGUCAAGCUCCCGCAGACCGCGACUGCUUUGUGAUUGGCAGCGAGAGCACCUACAAGAUGCACCGGACAGAUCCUCUUUGGGCGGAGGCAGCCCAACUGGACUGCUUGGUGGAGCUUUAUUGGAUCACCGACUCAAUAGCUCAUUUGGAGCUGCAGGCUGUUGAAGAAUACUUGUUGAAUGAUGAAAUUUUUGAGGCAGACACGCAGGGAACCGAAGCGCCCAUCUGA